AUGUCGUCACAAAACAAGCGAUAUGGAAUCGGAAUCAACUUUGCAAAGAACAGCUCUGACGAGGGCUUCACCAUAUUAGCGCUGGUCCCCGGACAACCUGCGUCCUUGUGCGGAAGGCUUUACGUUGGAGACAAGCUCUUGGCCAUCGAUGGCUGGCUGUGCUAUCAACAGCCUAUCGAGACCGGUUCAUGUCAGCUUGACAAGAAAAUCGCCACCUGGAAGUCCGCAGGCUCCUUCCAUUCCCAGCUUGAGCUCUCAGACAGCUCCAAGUACUCUCCUUCUCCCUCCAAGGCGUUCGGCCUCAAGAUUUUGUCGGCAACGAUGAUGCUCGGAGCGAAACAACAGAGUCUGAGAAAGGAAGGAUGCUUGAGCAACGGCAAAUACGACAUGAUAAAAAGUCUCGGCCUUCGCUCUCUGCCGUCAUACAACAACCCAGCAGAUCAGAUCAUGAGAGCUUCGAUGCCUGAGCAGCGGGCUGGCAUGGAAAGUUCUACCUCGCUGCCUGUGCCUGAAAUUCAACGAAGCUUCCCGCCCGAACGCAGCGGCAGAAGUGCGGCUCUCGAUCGUCCCCUUGCGAACUCUCUGCCGUAUCAGGUGCAGCCGAGGUUCGACAUCUCUCAGUCAGGUCAGUACCCGGCCUUUGGCAGCAAGGUGCAGCCGGACUAUAUGCCUCGCCAGACGUCCGGCAUGAUCCCUGAAGGCAGCAGCAGCGUGCAGCUUAACAACGACAACAUGGCAUCUCCAAUAUCAACUCCCCGCCCUCUGCUGACUGAGGAGCUUUCCAAGAUGAGAGAGAAGAUCGGACUUGAUCGAGAGCCAGUCCCUGAAGGAGCAGACAGGCAGCAGCUAGAAGAAGAUGCAAAAGACAGCAGAGCAAGGAAAACUACAACGACGCCUGUUGCUCCGGCGCGGACAAGCAAGAGCAACGUGUCAAACCUGGAGCCCUCCAAGGCUGCCGCUAAAGUUCGCGAGCUGGCGGACAGAGAGAUCGAGGCAGCCAACGAGAAGACGACAGUGAUGGCAAGAAAAUACGGCAUUGCUCGCUCAGAAGCCUCUCGGCUCAAGGACGAGCUGAGAACCCGCGAACUUGAGAUUGAACUUCUGCAGAGGGAGUUGCAGAGCCGGGACGAGGAGCUGAAGGCAACGGGCGCACACACAGAGCACAUCCAUGACACCAUGCUGCGCUUACGCGCGAUGGCGGAAGAGGCUGGAGCAGACAAGGACAUAGUGCAGGUGAAAGAGAUCGACAGGCUAAGGAACCAGGAGACUUCCCUUCUCAAGGCCCAGAAGGACCUGCAGGUUCGAAGUCUGAUGCAGGAUGAUAUCAACACUCUAUCGAAACAAGCAAUGGACAAGGCUGUGAAGGAAAAGAACAAGGCGGAGCAGGACGCGGCUGAUCUCUACGAGCAGGAGGAGAAGGCGAGCCAGGCAGAGUUGCGAUGCGGGAGGCUUGAGGCUCGAGUCUUGAGAAGCGAGGCCGAUCUAGCUGCAGCCAGCACGCUGCUGAAGCAGCGAGAGGAGAUGGCCAAUCUCGACGCUCUGUCGAAGCUUGAUCCCCUUGAGGAGGCGGUUGAGGAUUCGCUGCAGGCUCUGACGCUCAGCGGGAACAAGCAGGAGAGCCAUGCAAUCACCCCCAAGCAAGCACAGAUCCUCCUCACCCUUUUCCGAGCAUCCAAGGUUAGAGGAGAGAUGCUUGUCUCCUGUAUCGGUCAGCUUCGAGCUCUGCUCCUCGACUUUGUUGACAGCAACGAGGACUGGCUCACCCACAUCCCCAUCGACCACAGCGACCUCCCUUCCCGCGAGGAGAAUAUCAGCUCCUCCAACAUCCUCCAAGACCCAACGGCCGACGUCUCCACCGGUCAUGAGGAGGGACUUACUGAGCUAGGGAGGAGGGUGUACACGUCCGGUAUCCUCUCCAAGAGAGCUGCCUCGGAAGGCAUCCAGCUCGAGCUCAGGAGGACGAUGCAGCUGAUGCACUCAGGCGAGCAAGUUUGCGUUCCAACCCCCAUCGUCAGGAACCUCCUGGCGCAGUUGGCCCAGAAAGAAAUUUUGCUAGCAAACAAGGAGACCGAGCUACAGGAGAUGUCGAAGCAAUGCGCCACUCUCUCCAACGCCUGCGACUCGCUUCAGGCUCAGAUCGAGAACAUCACAGGAAGGUACGAAAAGAUCGCCCAGGAGUCAAACGCCAGGAUGUCCCAGCUUUCACAGCGCUGGGCUGUCAACACGUACCAUCACAUGAUGACGUGUCAUAGAGGUGCUCACUCCUUGGCAGCCGUUCGCCCUCAAGAAAGCCAGUCGUCUCCUCCCGAUGACAAGAUCAUCGAGUCCGAGGGCUUCAAAGUCCUGCACCUGCGAAGUCCCGAUGGAAGUCCCGACGCCAAAGGUGAUGACGUCACCUCCGUCUUCUCCUCCUCGCAGAAGAUCACCGAACAGCACGAGUGGGGCCUUAAAGCCUGGGCCAACAUCCAGAAGCUGAACGAGAGGAUCAUGGAGCUCGAGAUGGAGGCAGACCGUCUAAGGCUGGCAGCUUCCAUGGCCGGAACGGAGCGGGACGAGGCAGUCAGGGCGAGCAGAGCAGCGGAGCAGGAAGUCAAGUCGAUGGCGAUGAGGGAGAUGAAGAGAACGAUCGAGACGCAAUACCAGGAGGGAUAUGACAAGCUCUCCAACGCCCUCUUCAGGAUCGAGGCCCUGCAGUCUUCGAGCAUCCGACGGGAGAGCCAGGAGAACGUUGCGGCAGCAGGAGACGGGCGGGGCAGCUCGCGGGAUGGACCAGCGAGCUUGCAACAAACUCCCCUUCUGCAGCCCUCCGCUGUAAAUAGUCAGGAGAUCCUCGGCCCGGAAGCAAGUGUGAAGUCUUCAGUCCCCAACAUGAGGUUGGCCACCGCGUCUCCAGCAGUAUCUCCGAGGCCCAGCACGUCCUCCGAAGCCCAGCAGAUCGAGAAAUUACCAGCAGCAGGAGAGGAUAGCAGCAAGAUGUUGGGUGAGGAGGAGAACGUGCCUCUACCCGAAGGUUGGACGGAGCAUGUUUCAAGGAGCACUGGAAAGAUCUACUAUCGUCACAAGGCAACCGGUCAGUCUCGCUGGCGAAGACCUACUUGA